AUGGGGGGCAGCGCCCGAAACCGGGGAGUCCUAGAAGGAGAUGACGCCCCCGGUCAGUCUCCGUACGAGAGGUUAAGUCAAAGGAUGCUGGACAUUUCCGGGGACCGGGGCGUGUUGAAGGAUGUCAUCCGAGAAGGAGCUGGAGAGCUGGUGGCCCCGGAUGCGUCGGUGUUAGUGAAAUAUUCUGGAUACCUGGAGAACACCGACAAGCCCUUUGACUCCAACUGCUUUAGGAAAACACCUCGGCUAAUGAAACUCGGAGAGGAUAUCACACUCUGGGGCAUGGAGCUGGGCCUCCUGAGCAUGCGGAGAGGAGAGCUGGCCAGGUUUCUGUUCAAGCCGACCUACGCCUAUGGGACACUGGGUUGCCCCCCUUUGAUCCCCCCAAACACCACCGUCCUGUUCGAAAUCGAGCUCCUUGACUUCCUGGACUCUGCCGAGUCGGACAAGUUUUGUGCCCUCACGGCUGAGCAGCAAGCCCAGUUUCCACUUGAGAAGGUCCUUAAAAUGGCAGCCACUGAACGAGAGUUUGGUAACUACCUUUUCCGCCAGAAUCGUUUCUAUGAUGCCAAAGUGAGAUAUACACGGGCCUUGGUGCUCCUCCACCAGCGGUCAGCACCCCCCGAGGAGCAGCCCCUGGUGGAGGCCGCCCAGCUCCCCGUGUUCCUUAACCUGUCCUUCACGUACCUGAAGCUAGAGCGACCUGCCCUGGCCCUGCGCACCGGGGAGCAGGCUCUGACCAUCGACCACCGGAACGCCAAGGCCCUCUUCAGGUGUGGACAGGCCUGUUUCCUGAUGACCAAGUACCAGAAGGCCCGGGAUUUUCUAGUGCGAGCCCAGAAGGAGCAGCCCUUCAAUCAUGACAUCAACAAUGAGCUGAAGAAACUGGCCAGCUACUACAGGGACUACAUGGAUAAAGAGAAAGAAAUGUGUCACCGCAUGUUUGCUUGCUCGGAAAAUGACCCUGCAGUGGGAGAAAACUGAAGAUCCUUCAGCCGACCGCAAGCCAGAGAAGCGAGGCCGCUGGCGCCCCCUCGUCUUUACGGGCCCUUUUUGGAACGAGCUCCCCAGAGCAAACGCUGUUGCGGAGACCUGCUUGGAAGAAGGUGCUGGAAUCCCCCAGCCCGGGGUCUCUGCCUCAUCUCCGACUCCUGACGACGGCCACGCUGUUGAGAUUUGUUUUCGCAGGUGCUGUUUUCUGUUUCAUGUUUUCAUGCUUAAGACUAGAGUAGGGGAGAGUGUAGCUACUGACGAGUAGAAAAUCGCUUUUUUUUUUUUUUAAGGCAGUUUCUUGUUUUUUUUUAAGUGGAAUUAGUCCUUGGCUUUUCUCCCAGUUCCAACCCCCCUUCCGGCUUCUCGUGUCCCUGAGUAAAUACAAAUAGAGAUGGCUUUGUGUACUUUAUAGAGCUCACUGUUUUGCAGAGAGAGAAUUAUGUUACAUGUUUUUGUCGUAAAUAAAUAAAACACUUCCUUGUCCUAGCAAGAUCUAGUACAAGUUAAUUGUGUGAAUUCAAUUAAACUUUUAAAGUCCCUGAGGGACCGCCCUUUUUGAAGACCAG